UUUGAAAUCCUCAGGAACACACAUUCAAAAGGCUAAAAAUCGAUUCUGGUAAUCGCAAAAGAAAAGCAUCAUCAAACACCAAAGAAGCCUGCUUCCAAAGGAACUGUCACUGGACAUUAUAUGAAUUUUAUUCAGAAAACAAUGGAUGAAAUGGAUUGCAUUCUGGAAAUGAAAGGAUAUUAUAUAGUUAUGGAUAAUGCACCAAUCCAUACAUCUAACGAGAUUGAUACUAUGGUGACAGAGAGAGAGAGAGAGGAUAUAAGUGCAUUUAUCUCCCUCCUUAUUCCCCUGAGCUUAAUCCUAUUGAGUAAUUUUGGUCCAUAGUUAAAAAUAAGGUCAAACGUAGUCAAUUUCAAACCAAAGAGGACUUAUCAACAAGAAUAACUGAGGCUUGCAAUAAUGUUCCUCCAGAACAUCUUUGAGCAUUUGUACAACAUUCAGUAAACAUAUUUGAAGAUUGCUUAAAAGGCAAUCCUAUCUAAUAAAAUGUCACAAGCAACUGUAAAAAAUAUCUACUGAGGAUCGAAAACCGCCUCUUGAGAAAAUUGUAACCGCCUAUUGAGAAUUUUAAAAACCAUCCUUUUAUUUAAAAAACCAUCCUUUAGUGUUGCACUAACUGUAUAAUAAUAAUGAUGUACUCUAUUUUGUUAUGACAGUCAACCUAAUAAAAUAAACUUUUUGCCUGUCAUACGCCUG